AUGAGGUUGCUCUCUCUUCUUGCUGCUUCGGCGAGCGUUGCGCAAGCUGCUCUCAAAUGGCAGAAUGUUCGCUUCGGCGGUGGAGGCGGAUUUGUUCCUGGCAUUGAGUUCCAUCCUACUGCCAAGGGGGUUGCGUAUGCGCGAACUGAUAUCGGCGGACUUUACCGUCUCAAUGCGGAUGACUCUUGGACCCCGCUAACUGAUAGCACUGGUGUUGAUGCCACAUGGAGCCGCUGGGGUAUUGAUGCUCUUGCCCUUGAUCCAAGCAACCCUAACAAGGUUCUUACUGCUGCUGGAUUAUACACCAACUCCUGGGACCCCAACAAGGGAGCUAUUGGUAUCAGCAACGACAAGGGAGCCACAUGGUCCUUCACUGAACUCCCGUUCAAGGUAGGCGGCAACAUGCCCGGCCGCGGUAUGGGCGAGCGUCUCGCCGUUGACCCCAAGAACUCCAACAUCAUCUACUUUGGGGCACGAAGCGGCAACGGCCUCUGGAAAAGUACAGACGGAGGCAAGAGCUUCGCCAAGGUAACAUCUUUCACCAACGUCGGCACCUAUGUUGCCGAUCCUAGUGAUAGUUCUGGAUACAACAGCGAUAUCCAGGGCUUGUCGUUUGUCACAUUUGACUCCACUUCAUCUCUUGUCAAUGGCGCGACGUCAAGAAUCUUCGUUGGUGUUGCUGAUACCAAGACUGCUUCCGUUUAUGUUACUACUGAUGCAGGUAAGACAUGGAAGCCGGUUGAUGGUCAGCCUGUGAAGUAUCUCCCGCAUAAAGGCCAGUUCUCACCCAAGGAGAAGGCUCUGUACCUCUCUUAUAGCAAUGGUGGUGGACCGUAUGAUGGUACAGCCGGUGCCGUCUACCGCUACGAUGUCGCUGCCAACACCUGGAAGGAUAUCACCCCUCCUGGAGAUAUCUACUUCGGCUUCGGUGGUCUUGCGCUCGAUCGCCAGAAAUCAGGUACUCUUGUCGUUGCUUCCCUCAACUCUUGGUACCCCGAUGCCCAGUUCUUCCGAUCCACUGACUCUGGCAAGACGUGGUCUACGCUCUGGAACUACAACGCUCAGGGAAACCUUGAUCUUCACUACGGCAUUUCUACACCAAAAGCUCCCUGGAUCUACAAGAACUUCAUCUCAGUUGAUACCAAGAAACUGGGUUGGAUGGUUGAAGCCCUGGCUAUUGAUCCUUUUGACAGCAACCACUGGCUGUAUGGUACUGGCCUGACACUCUACGGAGGUCAUGAUCUUACCAAGUGGGAUACCGUUCACAAUAUCACUAUUGAGUCUCUCGCCGACGGUAUCGAGGAGACCGCAGUUCUCGACGUCAAGUCAGCUCCCGGCGGUAGUGAACUUCUUGCCGCCGUUGGUGACGAUAGCGGCUUCACUUUUGCCUCAAAGAGCGCCCUUGGAACAUCUCCACUCUCGGCCUGGGAUAACCCAAUGUUCACAACAUCGACGAGUGCUGACUACGCGGGCAAGAAGGUCGGCAAUGUCGUGCGAGCUGGAAACAGUGACAGCAACCCUCAAGUUGCCCUAUCUUCCGACGGCGGUAAAUCGUGGAAGCUUCAUGGCGCUGCUGAGCAAGGUCCCAAAGGAGGUACCAUCUCUUACUCUGCCAAUGGAGAUACAAUUCUCUGGUCUCCUGAGAAUAGAAAUGUCUUGAGAUCUCAGAACGAGGGUAGCUUUGCUUCUGUUUCAAGCCUACCUACUGGUGCUUUGGUUGCCAGCGAUAAGCAAGAUAACGACUACUUCUACGGUGCAUCAGGAUCAAAGUUCUACGUCUCCAACAACACAGCUUCAAGCUUCUCCACCGGUGGAUCUCUCGACGGAGCUAACUCUGUCAAAGAUAUCGCCGCUCAUCCUACCAAAGCCGGCGAGGUUUGGGUCUCUACUGACGCUGGUAUUUUCCGCAGCACAGACUACGGCAGCGCAUUCUCAAAGAUUAGCGGUCUUAGCAAGACUGAGCAGAUUGCUCUUGGCAAGGGCUCUGGAAGCAACUGGAACGUGUACGCUUUCGGAACAGGGUCUGCGGGACGCAAAUUGUACGGCAGCUCUGAUCUCGGCAAGACUUGGACGGACCUUCAGGGCUCUAUGGGUUUUGGUGCUGCUGACAGUGCCAAGCUUGCUGGUAGUGGAAACGAAGCGGGAUUGGUCUAUGUUGGAACCAACGGCCGUGGUGUCUUCUGGGGCCAGGGAACCAUUUGA